AGUAAAAAGCAACACAUGAACAUAACUAUAAAUUAUAGAAAUAUAUAAUUGUACACACACACACAGAUAUUUAUAUAUAUUUAUUCAGCAUGGAUGAGUCUGUUAUAUCCAUAUACGAUAUGCUCAUCAAGCGACACAAGCAACGUAAGCGAGAGGAACAGCUGAAGGAGGCGCUGCCCACAAAGCGCGUGUACGGCAGAGUGGUUGAGAUUAAGGAUAAGCAUGAGGCAGCACAGUCAGCGGAGUACACGCUGGAGGGCAGAAAGAUUAUGCGACGCUGCAGUCAUGCCAAAGUUAGCGCUGAAAGCGACAAGCAAAAGGUGACAGCAGCGCAUCUGACCAAGAAGCAUUCGGGCAUAUUGCUGCCGCCGCCCACGCGCAAGGAUGUGGUCAAUCGACUGGUGCAGCAAAUGUCGUCGUCUGUGCGCAAGGCCAAGGAGCAGCUGGCCGUGGAGCACAAGGUGUCGACUACCAAGUCCACCAGCCGCAUCAAACACUCGCCCAAGCUGAAGCCGAAGAAAGUGAAAGCUACACAGGAUAGCGCAUCCAGCGCCAAGUCCAGGAAGCGUCCAGUGCUCUCACCACGCAACACCAAUCGCUUGUCCAAGGAGAAGCUCAAACGUGAUAAGACAGUCACUGUUGCCAAGGCGACUCUAAGCUCGCCGCAGUCGCAGUCGGCGCAGCGCGUGCGCUCCAAGCUGCGCUCAAGUGCGCGCAAGUCCAAGAUUUCGGUCAAGAGCGGCUCCGAGCGUCCGUCCAGCAAGCCAGCGGACAAGCCCAAUCCACGCUAUAGGCUCUAAGCAGCGCCAAGCAGCUCAACAGAUUUUCCUUUCGCCAGUGUAAAUUUUAAAAGUUAUUGCCGCGUUUUUCACAGAGUUUGCAAAAUUAUUAGUUGCAACUUGUUCGCAAAACUGUUAAUAAAUUAAUAUAUAUUUAUUUGCAUA